CAACCCCAUUGUUACCAUCUACUCUUUCUCUCCUUUUUUUUAAAAAAAAAAAAUUUCUCGGCGUCGUUGUUCUCGUCCUCUACCUCGCAAUGGCGAAGCACCAGAUCCCGGGGAUGGCCAUUGUUGCCGCGUGCUUCGUCGUCGUCGUCGUCCUCCUCUCCUCGCUCGCGUGCGAGGCGCGCCACGUGCGGAGCCGCUUCGUGGUGCAGGGCCGCGUCUUCUGCGACACGUGCCGCGCCGGGUUCGAGACCCCCGCCACCACCUACCUCGCCGGUGCUAAAGUGAGGAUUGAGUGCCGAGCGAGAUCCACCGGCAUCCAGACCUACAAUGCAGAGGGCUCAACUGACGAACGCGGCGUCUACAGGAUCCCGGUCACGGGCGAACACGAGCACGAAAUAUGUGAAUCCGUGCUCGUAAGCAGCCCGCACAGUGGCUGCGCUGUCGCUCUAAAGGGCAGGGAGAGGGCUCGCGUGCACCUUACCCGCAACAACGGGAUCGCAUCAGAGACCAGGUUCGCGAACUCGUUGGGCUUCGAAAAGGACACCCCUCUCCCAGCCUGCGGCGAGCUCCUCAAGCAGUACGAGGAGUAUCAGAUCUAAAGAAGCGAUUAUAAGCAUACAUCUAGGGUCUUUCCGUAAUGUUACGUUUUGCGUUGUUGCUGUAACGAACUCUUAAAUGUUUUGGUGCUUUGUUUAUUAGUUAUAGUAAACUAAAGCUAUGGUUACUGUGUUUCUUUAUGCGUUCGUUUAAAUUUGUUGUUUAUUUGCACCUAUGUUGUGGUGUUCGCAUUUGUUAUCUACUGCUAUUUAAGCUUGCAACUAUAGCUGAUG